AUGUCACAGAACGAAAUCCAAGGACGACUGGCCCUAAUCACAGGCGCAUCCGGAGGCAUAGGAGCAGCUUGUGCACACCAACUCGCCCAACAUGGAGUCCACCUAGCUCUGACCUAUUCCACCAACUUGGCCUCAAUGAAUGCCAUUGUCGACGAAAUAAAGUCAAAAAAUGCGGACAAAAAUCUCCGAAUCUCUAUUCACCAGGUCAAUGUCGGGUCUGAAGAUCAGAUUCAGGCCAUGUUCCAAGACAUCGAUACUAAGCACGGCCAACGGCCAGACAUACUCGUCUCAAACGCUGGAUAUGGGAAGCGCAUACCCGACGUGUCGGAUAUUUCCCUCGAAGAGUUUGACUUCACCAUGAACAUCAAUCUUCGAGCCUCAUUCAUCUUGGUCAAGGGCGUGGUAGAGCACAUGAAGAAGCAGAAGUGGGGACGCAUUAUCUUCAUGUCCUCGAUCGCUGCCCAGGGCGGAGGUAUCAACGGAUGUCAUUAUGCAGCCUCCAAAGGCGGUCUUACGGGUAUGAUGAAGAACCUCUCAACCCGUCUAGCAGAGCAUAACAUUAGUGUCAACGAUGUUGCUCCGGCCAUGAUUGGCGAAACCGGCAUGCUUUCCAACGCCGCCGCAUUCCCUGAAGUGGCGGCAAGUGUUCCGCUUAAGCGACUCGGAACGCCCGAGGAAACGGCAAAUGUUGUUACUAUGCUGGCAAAGACUGGAUACAUGACUGGUCAAAGUCUGUUACUGGCCGGAGGACUGAAAUGA